CUCUCUCUCUCUCUCUCUCUCUUGCAUUCUAGGAAGGAGUAAAAGGGGAAACUCGAGCUCUAACUGUAUAAAACCAACACUGUAUGAAAGUGAGAAAGAGAUUACACAAGUUGUUGUGUGCCGAACAACGUUCGUCGAGAAGAGCCCAUGAGAAGAACAUUCCGGAUUAUUCUAAUUCGUGACUGAAAAAAAAAGAAAAGAAAAAAAUCUUCGGACAUUAUGCAUGUCUGGCCCGGUGGCCAUUGUGAAUCAUGUCCAAAGAGCACUUUCUCUCUCCGGCCGUACGAAAUCGCUCGACUCUCUCUCCACCGACAAAACAAACACAAACGGAGGAGACGUUUCUCGCUCCUCCGAAACCAACAACCCCUCCUUUAGAGCAGCCGUAGACAUCUCUCUCCCCAACGGGGAAUCGUACUCCGGUUCUCUCCUCGGUAACACACCCGAGGGUGCAGGGGACUACCUAUGGUCCGACGGCUCCAAAUACUCGGGCGAAUGGAGCCGCGGCAUGAGAAACGGCACCGGGAAACUCCAAUGGCCCUCAGGCGCUCUCUACUCCGGCGAGUUUUCCGGUGGCUACAUCCACGGUACCGGGACCUACACUAGGCCCGAUAACACGACCUACAAGGGCAGGUGGCGAUUGAAUCUCAAACACGGCUUAGGGUAUCAAAACUUCCCAAAUGGAGACAUAUUCGAGGGUUCGUGGAUGCAGGGCACUCCGGAAGGUCCCGGAAAGUACGUAUGGAAUAACGGAAACGUCUAUUUAGGGAAUAUGAAAAACGGGAAAAUGUCGGGGAAAGGUACACUCACUUGGACGAACGGCGAUUCGUUCGAAGGGAGCUGGUCGAACGGGACUAUGCAUGGAUUCGGAAUAUACACGUGGAGCGACGGGAGUUGCUUUGUCGGAACUUGGACGAGGGGUUUGAAGGACGGAAAGGGUACUUUUUAUCCGAAAGGGAACACGCUGCCAGCUGGACAACAGCUGUACCUCAACGCUCUGAGAAAGCAAGGUUUGCUGCCCGAUGUCAAGAAACAGAACCAAGUUUCUUCGGUGGACGUCAGAAAACAAAACCCGUCGGAUAAAUUCGCAAAGGAGGGGCUUUUUGGUAAUAUUGAGCAGUCUCGACCGACGAAUGUUUCUUUGGAGAGAAGGUGGAGCCUUGAAGUUUCGAUCGAGAAAGUGAUAGGGCAUGUUAGAUCUUCAAGCGUGACCGAUAAUGGUUUGGAGGGUGGAGAGUAUAACAACAACGAAGAUGAUUUGAAUACGCCGAUAUUGGAGAGGGAGUACAUGCAAGGUGUGCUUAUAAGUGAGCUCGUGUUGAGCGAUCGGUUUUCGCCUUCUUCUAGAAGGGCGAAGAGGCGGCAGAGGAGGCUUGCUAGAGAGAUAAAGCGGCCCGGCGAACAGAUUCUUAAAGGGCACAGGAGUUACGAUUUGAUGCUCAGUUUGCAGCUUGGUAUCAGAUAUACAGUGGGUAAAAUAACUCCGAUACAAAGGAGAGAAGUGAGGGUGACUGAUUUCGGGCCUCGUGCGAGCUUUUGGAUGACCUUUCCUAAGGAAGGCUCGCAACUUACACCGUCACAUCAGUCAGAGGAUUUCAAGUGGAAAGACUAUUGCCCCAUGGUUUUCAGGAAUCUGAGGGAAAUGUUUAAGAUAGAUGCAGCAGACUAUAUGAUGUCGAUAUGUGGAAAUGAUGCACUAAGAGAACUUUCUUCUCCGGGGAAGAGUGGCAGUGUCUUUUUCCUUUCUCAGGAUGACCGAUUUAUGAUCAAAACAUUGCGCAAAUCGGAAGUUAAGGUCUUGUUGAGGAUGCUCCCAAAGUACCACCAUCAUGUGCGCAUACACGAAAACACUCUCAUAACUAAAUUCUUCGGUCUUCACAGGAUUAAACCCUCUAGUGGUCAAAAGUUCCGAUUCGUAGUAAUGGGAAAUAUGUUCUGCACGGAGUUAAGGAUCCAUCGAAGAUUCGAUCUGAAAGGUUCUUCUUUGGGACGUUCUGCUGACAAGGUCGAAAUCGACGAGAGUACAAUACUUAAGGAUCUCGAUUUAAACUACUGCUUUUAUUUGGAACCUUCUUGGCGAGAUUCCCUACUACAGCAGAUCGAAAUAGAUAGCAAAUUCUUGGAAUCGGAGAACAUAAUGGACUACAGCCUAUUGUUAGGCGUUCAUUAUCGAGCACCACAACAUCUACGCUCUCUUAUGUCUUACAGUCAACGCAGCAUUUCUGUUGACGGAUUGGGAAUCGUAGCUGAAGAUGAGUGUAUGGAGGAUGAAAUAUCUCCGGAAGGCCUUGUCUUGGUGCCACGUGGCACUGAUGACAACAGCGUGGUUGUGGGCCCACAUAUUAGAGGCAGCCGAUUAAGAGCUUCAUCUUCAACCGGUGACGAGGAAGUUGAUCUACUCCUUCCUGGCACAGCUAGACUACAAAUCCAGCUGGGGGUGAAUAUGCCGGCAAGAGCGGAGCAUAUUCCGGGACAUGACCGGACAGAGAUGUUUCACGAGGUUUAUGAUGUGGUCCUGUAUUUGGGCAUUAUCGAUAUCUUGCAAGAGUACAACAUCGGUAAAAAGAUUGAGCAUGCGUAUAAAUCUGCGCAAUUCGAUUCUUUGUCGAUCUCUGCUGUGGACCCCACAUUCUACUCGGCACGGUUUUUGGAGUUUAUUCAGAAGGUUUUUCCACCGAAUGCUGUGUUGGGUUAAAAAUGGCACAGCCAGUUUAGUCCCGUUUUGACCUUGUACUAUGUUGUAUCCUACGACUUACCUUGGUAAAUAAAACUUCGAUUUCAAUUCUGUAUAUUUGGAUAAUUUUGUUUUUUUUUUCUUGACAAGAUUAUGGAGUAUGUUAGCGUUCGAUCAAACGCCUUUAAAACGGGAAGUAAUCUAGAGUAUCCACAUGCUUAAUUCAGUUUGAACUUUGUUACGAGGGCUCA